UGAAUGAUGAAUGCCAGCGACUAGACGGACCGCACACAAAAAUUCCAAGUGCCCAGCAAACGGAUACGGAUAAACUACUCCCUCAGUGUUAGUGUUCUAAUAAUCCAAGGAUCACAAAAUCAGCUUUGAAAGCCAAUAUAGCCAGUUAGCUAUAUGACGACAUCAGCGAUCGGCAGCGUGGGCGUAGGUGUCGGCACUGCCUCCAGUAGUCCAGUGCGAAGACCCACUGCCAGAGCCACCGCUGGAAUCCAAAGACGAAGGGUGGUCAAAAAGCACAUCCAACAGAAGUACAUGCUCUGCGGCUUUGCCAUACACGCUUUUCUUGCCACUCCAGCUUAUUUGUAUGGCAAUGUGGUGGAGUCGGACAAGGAUCUGGUGUUGAGGAUUUGGCCAGCCAUUGUCUACCAGGCAACCGGAGAACUAUGUCGCUCGAUAAUGGAGCAUCUGGACACAGAAUACAGUGGCAGAUCGAGGGAGACGACGCAGUACAGAAGGGUAUUUCUUCUGGCCACGCUCAUCGCCUGCGUUUCAUUGAUGAUCAGUGGUAUACUCUUUUCCUCAGCCUGGAUUGUGGUUACUACGACGACGCAGGUGGUCGCCAUUGUCUUCUAUGGAUGCUUUGCAGCCAUCGGCUCGAGUUUGUACUUGUGGAAGACGCAUGUAAUACUGGAGGCAGUGCGCCCGCGGGAGGACAAGUACGUUCGGAAGACGAUCCAUCUCUGCGGCGAGGCCUUCUGUCAGCUGUUUCUUUCAUUCGUUUUCACCAGCCUUCGAACUCUCUACGGCACCGCUCAGUCGAUUGUGCUGAUGUCCGCCCUGCUAGUGAACCUAAUCCCGCUCAGCCUUAUCAUCACCAAGCAUCGUGAGGAUGCCUUCACCACGAAACGGAUAUCGGUGAUUAAGGCGGAAACAGGAUUUGCUGCACUUCCGCUGCGUGCUGCAUUGGCGGCCAAUUUGGUGGCUGAUCAACUGGAUGGAUUGGACACGCUCUCCUGGCGGAAUCCGGCCACUACCGAAAUGGCCACACCAAAUGCAGCCGUUGCUGCCGCCGUGGUGGACACGCACAGCAAUUACAUGCUCGCCACUGAUGAGGCAUAUGUUACGUAUGUGAAUCCCAACGGGGUGGAGAUCAUGGAGAUCAUACCCGAGGAGGAUGAAACGGUGUCCAUGAUGCGAUCUAGCAAUGCCACCAUCGACAAUUACGCCAUGUCCGCCUCGCAGACAUCGCACAAAUCCCUUUCAAAUGGACGCCUCUAUCCAUUAUCGCCACAGAUUCCCUUGACCAGUGGAUCAGGAACUGGCAGCUCCUCGCCCCUGCCACCCGACUACGCCAAUCUGCGCCGAAUUCGCCGAAUGUCGCGGGCGGUGACCUCGCAUCUUUGGCGGAAUCUGCUGGACAAGAUCGCCAUGCCGCUGCAGCAGGCGCUGUUGGUGCCGCAGCUUUAUGCCACCACGCUGCUCCUCUCGGCAGACAUCUUCAGCUAUGUGAUGUGCCUGACGGUGCUACCGGGCUUGGCAGUUAGCCAUCAUGCACUGAAAAAUGCCGAAAUCCCGUUCCUUUUCUCCCUGCUCGCUUUUCCCUGGAUGUGCUUCUCCCUGAUGACGCCACGUUUCGGGACGAGUCUUUACAAGCGCAAGAUCCAGUGGCAUACGCUGGGCAGCAUCUGUAAAUGCCUGGCGCUGAUCUUCAUUAGCUUCUCCACGUCCAAGUUGCUGUUGAGUGUGUCUGCGGUGCUGCUGGGCUUUGGCCAAGUAGUCACUGCCUUUCUACAAGAACUAGUCUUCCAGAUGGGCAUGACGCGGGCCAAUUGGACUUCAAUCCGGCGACCAGUACACUUUACCAACGGCCUCUUAGUGCUCCUGUGGGGUGCAUUAGCACAUUGGGUGGUUGAGCGGUACUCGUUCCAGGCCACCGUUGGCCUUGCUGGUGCGCUAUACGGAGCAACCACGCUGCUCUGGAACUUCCUAUUCUUUUGCUGCCAGGGCAGGGACUGAAGAGCUGAAGGAUCUGAAGAAAUCACGGGGUCUUGGGCACCAAGGGAUCCCAGUUUGUGUCGGUAUCUGUGUUUUGUUGCUGUUUCUGGCGUCGUUCUUGUA